UAUGUCAAAGGCCUGCAAGAUAGACAUCUAAAUAUAUGUCUAUCGGUAAUACAAAGUAGCAGCUAAAUUUUAGCCUGAACAUUUCAAGUGAAAACGAACUCAGACGUGCUAUUGUAACGGUGCUUCGCUGUGUAUGUAGAGCCACCCCACGUGUUGCCGUACAGACGAAUGUAUUGGAGGCUGCGGGUACCCUGAUUGUAGCAGUCUCUGUGACAUUGUCACAUACAGGUCCUUCCACGGCGUGCAAGUUCAGAUACCUAACGUGUUAAUUUCGCCGCUAACCUGACACAAUGAGCGAGCACUUCUCUCUGUCAGACUGUGAUGUUAUUGGUUUUGAUUUGGACCACACUCUCUGUCGCUAUCAUUUAAAGGAAACCUCCAGGCUGAUCUAUGAGAGUUUUGCCAGGUAUUUUGUGGAACACAAGAACUAUGACAAGGACCUGCUGACUUUGACUCCUGCCUCUUGGGAUUUCUGUUUUAAGGGCUUGGUGGUGGACCUGGAAGAUGGAAACUUGAUCAAACUGGCUGAAGAUGGAACUGUUCUAAGAGCAACCCAUGGGACCAAUGAACUCAGCACAGAAGACAUUUUUAAACAUUAUGGCCCAAAGAGGGAGUGGAAGCAUUUUGAUAGCCUCAAUACCUCAUACACAAGAUCAGUAAAAUAUUAUUUUUAUGACAACUAUUUUGACCUACCUGGAGCUCUUCUCUGUGCGAGGAUUGUGGAUAUGCUGCACAAGCGUGGAAGUGAGGUGACCUCAGAUAUUUGGAAAGACAUGCUUGCUGCCAUAGAUCACAAUUACAAUACAUCAGCAUUUAAAGACGACACGGGCACGUACUUCCCGAGCGUGAAGCAGGACCCGGGCCGGUACCUGCAGCCCUGCUCCGAUUCGGUCAAGGCCUGGCUGAGGAGCAUGAAGAGUGCCGGGAAGGUGCUCCUCCUCAUCACCAGCUCCCACAGCGACUACUGCAGGCUGGUGUGUGAGCACAUCCUGGGGAAGGACUUUGAGGAGCUGUUUGACGUCAUUAUCACCAAUGCCUUGAAGCCUGGGUUCUUCUCCCUGGUUCCCCAGCAGAGGCCAUUCCGGACCCUAGUUAAUGAUGUGGAGGAGAGUGAGGGGCUGCCAUCCCUGGACAAGCCUGGCUGGUACUCUCAGGGGAACUGGCCCCACCUUCAUGAGCUGCUCAAGUCCAUGACUGGAAAGGCCGAGCCAAAGGUGGUGUACUUCGGAGACAGCAUGCGCUCUGACAUGUUCCCAGCCAGCCGAUUCGGAAAGUGGGAGACGGUGAUGAUCGUGGAGGAGCUGGAGGGAGAGGGGGUGCCGGGGGGCAGCCAGGCGAAGAGUCGUGACGUGCGAGCAGAGCCCGUUGAAAAGAGGGGAAAGUUUGAAGACCAGGGAAUGAAAGCACCCUCCGCUGCCUCGGAGCAGUGGGGCUCCUACUUCACGGACGUGUGCAGGAGCGGGGGAGGGGUGGAGGACGCCCCAAAGCUCACCUGGUGCAGCCACAGCAUCCACACCUUCAGCACUAUGGCCAUCCCCAGUGUGGAGAGCAUCGCAGACCUCCCACUGGACUAUAAAUUCCCCCGAUUCUCUCCGGACAAACCCUGCACCACCGGCUACUACCCGAGACCCCCAGACUCCCUACUGAAGAGGUGUGAGGGCCUUCCAUGAGGGUUAGGGCAUGCCCUCAAUGACCUACAGGAGGUGGUGACCAAGGCCCCAUCUUGCCUGUUGUCUUUCACAUAAAUCCCUCCAUUUCUAGAGCACAGGAAAUCAUGCACACCUUAAUAUAAACCAUCUGAAUGUAUUACACAGUGCGGUGUCACUCUUUACCAUUCGAUUAUUUUUGCUGGAUGAGUUACUAUACGUGUGAAAAUGUGACCUCCUCGUGUGUGUUUGCAGAUGUUAAACAGAGCAUUGUUGUUUCUUUCCAAGGGAAAAGCAGGACAGCAUUUGAGUUAUGUAUGUUAUUAGAAUGACUUGAGUAUUAUAAGGUGAAGAAAUAUCAAAGCUUCAUGUUUUGCUUGAUAUUGUACCUCAAAAUUUGAAUUUGCAUGUAUGUCCCAACUAAAUACUGUAAAUGAAAAAAAAAAAAAAUCCAAAGUUAUAUUUAAAUUGCAUGCUUACCUUUCUUUUGUAUGUUAUUUGGUUUCAUUUUAAAUUGAAUUGAAAUACGGUUACUUGAAAAUGUUCAAUACCACAUAAUUGCAUUGCCUAUUUUCUCUGUUUUCUCAUUCCACAAAAUAGUUGCCUUUUAGGAGCAUAUUUUGCCUAGCUGGAGUGGAUUGUAUCAUAAUAACUGUAAUUUUAGUCAUCCAUGUCCCUGUUGCUUUCCAUGUUGCAGAGAAUUCAAUCAAAUAUAAGUUUUUGUUGUUUUAUUACAUUAUAAUCCAAUGUAAUUAUCUUUUGCUUUUAACUUGCAAGUUUCUUAGCCCAUGUUGUUCAUUUUCUUGCACUAAAUACUUCAUUAACAUCAGCAACCAAUCAAACUAAACAUGUGGCCAAAAUGCCACUCUUACUUAACUUUUUACUCAAAAGUUAUGAUCAGAGUGGUGAGAUGCUUAAAUAUAAAGUCCGAUGGAAAUGUUCAGUGGAAACUUAUUUUAGGGAAAGUAUUAUUAAGGGCAUUGUUUUUAAAGAAACUGCACUGUUUUUAUAUGUGUCGAUUUAUGGUCAGCUCUCUGGAAAACUUAAGGAUGAUUUCUCAUUGUGUGCAAAACAAAAGUAGUUAAUAGCUUCACCCCUGCUUAAUGUAUGUCAUGUUUUGGUGCAGUACAUGUAACUUGUAGUGCUGUCGACUGACUGUGUACAAAUGUGGACGACUUGUUGCUCCAUAUGCGGUAUUCAAUGUGAGAACACGCUUUAACUGACCUCUGAAUGGAUACAUUGUCAUUGUUGGUUCACGUGUAGGCUUAGCUGCUAUGUAUUCUGAAUUACCCUGUUUAAUCUGUGUAAAGUAUAAAACAAUAUGUUAGUAAUGGCUGGUAAUAUGCAACAGCGUGUGUCAUCCAUGAUGUUUCUUUUUGGUUGUGUUUGUGUAUGGGAGUGUUUCAUUCAAAGUAAAGUAAGGUUUUUCCUGUUUUUUUAUUUUUAACACCCAAUUUGCCUUAUGUUUCAUUCUUUGUUGUACAUGUCCUAGAAAGUGCAGGGAAAUUGUUAAAGUUCACCAUCUGUGAAAUAAAAAGACUACAAAUUUGUUACACACAGUC